AUGAGUCACAGUCCUUUUCUGACUGCUCUCUACGAGGAUGUACGGAUUCGGCUACCGCUGUGGACCACACAGUACGUAAACUUCGUCUCGAAUGCCGCAUUCGCCGUCUCGAGCACAUGGAUCGAUGACAGCGGUGCGAAGCGUCAGUAUCUCUUCAUCCCAGUCGAGGCGAGUGACUCUAAUUCUAUCAGUGCGGCAGCAUUGGCGGAGUGGAUAGCACUUGUGGAGGCGUGGCAAGCAGCACACAGGGAGGAUGACGUAAGCUGCUUCGUCGGCUUUGUGGAUCUGGCCGGGACCGUGUCCUACUACAGGUGUGAGACUGCUGUGGCCAGUGCGUUGUGA